AUGCUUCGCCAAAUCUACCACGAGUUCCGACGUUCGUCUCAACUACAAUGGACACUGUUUUCAGUGGUUGUGAAUAUGUCAUUAACCCUUUCGAUAUGGAUUGGUAUCUAUCAGAUGCAGGUGAACUCCGAGUUGAGUAAACUCUACUUUUUGGACGACUCGUUUGAGAGGACAACGGGGAAUACGACGUUGGAUGGAUUGAUCAACGGCUUCGCCACCAUCCUCGUCCUCGGCUGCGUCUCGUUCGUGAUGCUCGCUUUUGUGCUCUACGACUUCCGACGAGUCGUCAAAGCGUGGCUCACGCUCUCCUGUAUGCUCAUCCUAUUCGGUGUCUCCGGACAGACCCUUCACGAUUUAUUCACACAAAUUCUGGAUCAAAACGACGAGAAUCAAUAUAUUCUGACGGUGGCGUUGACAGUGAUACCGACGACGAUUUAUGGAGUUUUGGGGAUUUAUGCGUUUUUCGCCAACGGAUCGCUUGCUCUCCAUCAAUUUUUUGUGAUCUCCAAUUGCUCCUUGAUUGCUGUUUUUUAUUUGCGUGCUUUUCCAAGGUACACCACGUGGUUUGUGCUAUGGAUGGUUCUUUUUUGGGACCUCUUCGCCGUUCUCGCCCCAAUGGGACCGCUCAAAAAAGUGCAGGAAAAGGCGUCGGACUACAGUAAUAAUAUCCUGAAGUUCCUUAUGUUCGCCGCUGAGGAUAAGCGAGAGAUGGCAGGGAUUGAUGCGGCGGAAGACAGUUCUGAGAAUCUGAACGAUGAGAGAAAGUUGAGGAAGGAUGUGAAGCAGUUGAUUGAGUUGUACUCGAAAAAAGAGGCUCAAGAUGACGAGUUUCUUCGGAAAAUUCGGCAACGGCGGACAGCAAUCAAUCCGGAUUCGGCGCUUACUGAGACAAGUCCAGUGCACACUGAGCCAUCCGACGUCCAAAUCCAACUAAAAUCCAAAAAUAGUGAUGAGGAGCACAGCGACGACGAUGAGAGUGACACCACAGAGUCAAGCACUACCACGUCAUCCUCUGACGUCACCACUUCAGAAGUCAGCACCGCCGAGGAGGUUGCUCCAGAAGAGUGGAAUGAGUUGAUGGAGCAGCAGGAGAAGCACGCGGAGUUUGACCAGAGAUACGUCCCAAUGACAGCCGCCGAUGCGUUGAAUGACGGUGAAACCGUCCGUCUAGGCUUUGGAGAUUUUGUGUUUUAUAGUCUACUCAUUGGUCAGUCGGCAACUGGUGGCAGUGUCCUAGCGGUUGCCUGUUCCGCUUUAGGGAUUCUAUUUGGACUUGUGGCCACCCUUACCGUUUUUUCUAGUGGAGAAUCCACGACACCGGCCCUCCCGUUACCUGUUAUCUGUGGAACAUUCUGCUACUUUAUCUCGAAAUUUGUAGUGGAUCAAGUUUAUGGAUAG